AUGAGGCCGAUUCUGAUGAAAGGCCAUGAGAGGCCAUUAACAUUCCUGAAAUACAACAGAGAUGGGGAUCUUCUUUUCUCCUGUGCUAAGGAUCAUAACCCUACUGUUUGGUUUGCCGACAACGGCGAAAGGCUCGGCACUUAUCGCGGCCACAACGGCGCCGUUUGGUGCUGCGAUGUCUCUAGGGAUUCGUCUUUGCUAAUUACUGGAAGUGCGGAUCAGUCAGCAAAGUUGUGGUCUGUCCAAACAGGGUCGCCAUUGUUUACCUUUAACUUUGAAUCGCCCACUAGAUCUGUUGAUUUUUCAGUCGGAGAUAAGCUUGCUGUCAUAACUACUGAUCCAUUUAUGGGAUCGUCAUCUGCCAUUCAUGUCAAACGGAUUGCCCAGGACCCUAAUGAUCAGGAUGCCGAAUCGGUUCUUGUAUUAAAAGGCCCUCAGGGUCGAAUUAACAGGGCCGUUUGGGGACCCCUGAACCGGACUAUUAUAAGUGCUGGUGAAGAUUCUGUAAUUCGUAUUUGGGAUUCUGAGACUGGGAAGUUACUUAAGGAGUCAGAGAAGGAAAUUGGUCAUAAAAAGGCUAUAACAUCCCUUGCAAAAUCCAUUGAUGGUUCACACUUCCUUACCGGUUCCCUAGAUAAAUCUGCCAAGUUGUGGGAUACAAGGACAUUGACACUUCUGAAGACAUAUGCCACUGAACGGCCGGUGAAUGCAGUAACAAUGUCCCCGCUACUUGAUCAUGUUGUGCUUGGAGGCGGUCAGGAUGCAUCAUCAGUUACAACCACUGAUCAUCGUGCGGGAAAAUUUGAGGCAAAAUUUUACGAUAAGAUUCUUCAAGAAGAAAUUGGAGGUGUUAAAGGUCACUUUGGUCCAAUCAAUGCCUUGGCAUUCAAUCCUGAUGGAAGAAGUUUUGCCAGUGGAGGUGAAGAUGGAUAUGUGAGGCUGCACCAUAUGGAUGCAGAUUACUUUAACAUCAAGUUGUAGACUCUAGGACCGUCAAAUUGU